AUGACAGAUUUAGGAACCAUGAGGUACUUUCUAGGAGUGGAAGUAAUUCAAAGUGCUACUGGAAUUAGUAUGUGUCAGCAGAAGUAUGCCAAAGAUGUUCUAUGCAGGUUUCUAAUGUGGGACUGUAAUAGUGUAAGAAAUCCUAUCGUGCCUGGAAUCGUGAUCAAAAAAGUUGGAGUGGGAAAAAGGGUAGAUGAUUCUGAAUACAAGAGCUUAGUAGGGAGCCUCAUGUGCCUCACAGUUACAAGACCCGACCUGAUGUAUGCAGUUAGCUUCAUUUCAAGAUUCAUGUCUGACCCACGAGAAGAACACAUGGCUUUGUCUAAGAGAAUCCUUAGGUAUGUCAAGGGAACUUUCAAUUAUGGGUUGUUCUAUGAAAGAUGUGUUGGAUCAAAGUUGCAGGUCUAUACCGAUAGUGACUACGCCUGCGAUGUGGAGGAUAGGAAAUGUACUUCCGGGUAUGUUUGCCUAUUGAGCAAAGCUGUUACUUGUUGGAGUUCUAAGAAACAAGAAAUUGUUACACUUUCGUCAACAGAAGCAGAGUAUGUUGCAGCUACAGCUUGUGCAUGUCAUUGUGUUUGGUUAAAGGGGAAAGUCCAGCUCCUGUUUUGUGGUACUGCAGAUCAGAUCGCGGAUGUUAUGACUAAGCCUGUUAAGUUGGAAGUGUUUGAGAAGAUGAGAAAUCUUCUUGGAGUCAGAGAAAUCAAUGAUGAGUAA